UUUGCAGCACGCGCCAGUCGAUCCUCGAUCGCGUUGGGAACAAGUUUUUGCAAACAUUCAAAACAAAUUCUAAUAAGUUCAUUCACUUUCGUACCUUCUUCGAAUACAAACGAUUGUUCUAAAUUCGAAUUUAUUUGAAAUUUACGAUAAAUAGUGCAAUAUACAACUAAAAUAAAUAACAAUAAAUUGUUUUAUCAGUUGAUUAAAUAAUUCAUUAUUUAUAACGGAAAUACAAGAACUUCAAAUAGAAACAGUGAACUUAAAGUUAAUGUAUUUACACUAAAGUUGUGUACACAAAUUACUUUUCAAUUAAAAUGUAUACCUUAUAUUAAUUAGAGAAUUGAGUGUAUCAAUUAAAAUUAAUUAAAAAAAUAAAAUGCGGUGUGAAAUACCAGUUUUAUUGAGAUGUUGCUUCUGCUUUCCGCUGAGACAUGGUUUGCUUGUUUGGGCGUAUGUGAAAGAGGUGAGUGUUCGUCAGUUAAGUCAAUGGCGUAAACACCACUGCAACACAGUGGACGCUGCGGAACAGAAAAUAAAUCUAUCAAAAAAAAUAUUCAGUCUGAUGUUUCUAAUUUUCACUAUUUGGAGGUUCAGCAAGACUUACAAGAGGCUGGACACGUCUUGGGAAGUCAUUUACCCAAUCAUCAUCACCCUGACAGUGGUAGACAUUUUGUUCCAUGUGCUGUUUAUUAUAAGUGCACACACUAAAGACUACAGGAAGAUGAGAAUAUUUUACAGAUAUAGCAUAGUAUUUUUAUGCCUGAACGCGAUCCUUUUUAUUUUAUUCAUAUCACUGUGCAUAUUCUAUAUUUACAUGUCUCUAUUUAUAUUCAUAUUUCUUUGGUCACUUAUGCUUCCGACGUUUUUAAUGAUUCUCAUAACGAUUGUCAUACAAAUCUACCUAAUAAUCCUCAUCAAAAGUGAGGUUAUCAAACUGAAAAACAACUCUCAGUUCGAAUUCGUCAACCACGCAGCCGAAGAGAAAUGCACCGCCAACAUCGAUUUUGUUACAAUAAUCCCUGGCUGAGUAUACUUACAACAUUACAAUUGAAUAGAAAAAGGCGUUAUUUUGCAGAAGUUUAUUAUCAUGAAUAGUUAAUGAAAAUAUUUUUAACACGCUUAAGUACAUUAGCUAUACUUGAAACUAUGUCAUCGUCAUCAACCCAUAUUCGGCUCACUGCUGACCUCGAGUCUCCUCUCAAAAUGAGAGGGGUAAGUACAAUAGUCCACCACGCUGACUCAAUGCGGAUUGGCAGACUUCACACGCGCAGAGAAUUAAGAUAAUUCUCUGGUAUGCAGGUUUCCUCACGAUGUUUUCCUUCACCGUUUGAGACACGUGAUAUUUAUUUAAUUUCUUAAAAUGCUCACAACUAAAAAGUUGGAGGUGGCCACUGGGCUAUCACGACUAAUUAAAUCUUUGAAUCUUAAUUUGAUUACCGGUCUUCGAUUAGGAUGAAAUUUUGCACACGCUCUGAGUUCUGAUGACAAUACAUGAUUAGCUAAGAAACGUCAUUACAAAUCCAAUAUGGCGGCCUCCCCAAUAGCGAACUGGCUGUUUGAAAUCCACCCCCAUAAUAUGGAUAUCAAAUGCUAGUUUGCUGUCAGGAAUACGAAAAAAUAUUCGUGUGACUUAAACCCAAUAUUUAGUGUUUUUUAGUUUUUUAAACUAUUUAAAGUUAUUUCUACUCCCAUUUCCUACCUACCUACUCUAUGUAAAACCUCAAACCAUUUAACAAAGCUAUUAUUUCAAAAUUACUAAUAUCUUUGUUAUUUGUGCGUUUAUGUUUAUAGUUUACAUAUUGAAAAAUGUCACAUUUAAUGUAAGGAAGCUAAAACUGUAUGAAUUUUCAUCCAAUUACGAUGAAAGAUUUUUAAUAGAUUUUGAAAUUUUAUAAUCUUAUUUAUUUUACAAAUAUCCAGACAAUCUUUGCUUUUUAUGUAUAAAUUAGAUAACAUUGACCUCAUUUACCCGAAUGUAUCAUAAAAAUCAAUAUAUUCACACCUAGUCCCUGUUGCUAUUAAUUUAUUAAUCUGGGAUUUUUUAUGUCUCAUUAAAAGUAUAAAAUAAGUAUCUACCUACGAUUUAUUUAUUGUUAAUUUCCAAUAGUAUUAAGUAAAAUUGUAUUUAAAUGUAAAUGUACUUAAAUAUUAAUUUUAAUGGAAACACAAUUAUAAGAAUUUUCAUAA